AACAAUGUUUUGCGGCUAGUGGACACCUGUGAGAAAAAUAAAAUGGAAAAUAAAUUAUAUUUUUAUUAUACAUUUUAAGGGUUAGUUGGAACUGGAGCCCACACGGAGGGCUUGUUACUAAUGCUAAUGUUGAUUUAAAUAUCGCGAGACUCACUAAGGAUUUGGUUAAUUAAUUGAGAUUUUUCCAGAAUAACCAUAUUUAUCAAAUGGCCCAGCAAAUAAAGUCACGAGAAAAACCAGAUGACAUAACAAAAGAAGAGUGGUUGCAAAAGUUAGAAGGUCUACACAUACAACGAGCCGACAUGAAUCGUCUAAUAAUGGACUACUUAGAAACAGAGGGAUUUAAAGAAGCAGCAGAAAAAUUUCGUAUAGAAUCUGGAAUCAGCCCAGUAGUGGAUUUGGAUACCCUAGAUGAAAGAAUUAAAAUUCGUGAUGCAAUACAAAGUGGUAAAAUUCAGGAGGCUAUUGCCAUGGUGAAUAAUCUUCAUCCUGAACUUUUGGACAACAACAGAUAUCUAUUUUUCCAUUUACAGCAACAACAUCUUAUAGAGUUGAUUCGUGGAAAAAAUACGGAAGAAGCAUUAAAAUAUGCUCAAGAACAACUUGCCGAGAGAGGAGAGGAGAAUCAAGAGGUACUGAUUGAAUUAGAGAGGACGCUAGCUUUACUUGCAUUUGAUGAACCGGAGAAAUCUCCUUUUGGAGACUUAUUACAUCCUUCUCACAGGCAAAAGAUUGCUAGUGAAAUCAAUGGAGCAAUUCUUGAAAUGGAAAACAGAGCUUCCACUACACCUAAACUUGCUGACCUGCUGAAACUACUACUCUGGGGACAAGAAGAACUUGACAAGAAGAAAAUAAAGUACCCACGAAUGACUGAUCUUGCUCGUGGAGUCAUAGAAGACCCAAAGCAAUAUUGAAUUUCCCGUGAC